GGUUUCCAACCCCCCCUCCCUCAUCCCCUCCCUUGGUAAUGUCGUUUUUUUAAUUUUACAGUAUCUUUCUUCUUCCAUUCUUGAAGAACAGCUGCCCAAGGAACCCAGGAUUGGGGGAUUCUGGGAGCUGUGUAUUUUGGGGGGGGGUCCAAAACAAGGCAACCCUUCUGAGCUUUGCAACCUGACCUGCCCAUUUUGCUCCAUGUCGUCCAGGGAGGGGGACUCCGGUGGCGCUGUCAGAUCAGACUUGAUUCGCACCCGUAACCCGAGUCAGGUUUUCAUUUUUUCAGUGACUCAGAACUCGCCCAUCUCUUCCUCUUUCUUUGGGCGGGGGAUGGGGAGAGAUCUUGCUUUUAAUGGGGACUCGGAUUUGGGAUUUGGUUCCCAAAGACUUGGACCUGGGACUUUGACUUGCCAACAUCCUCGGGGUAUCAUCCAGCAGCUUACAGUGAUUCCCAUGGAUUGGUGAACCUGGAUAAGGUCAGAGGUCUUGCCUCUGACAGCCCUGCUCAGGUCUUGCAGACUGCACGGUGGCUUCCUAUACUGAGUUAGCCCAUCUUGUGUUCAGUCUUCCUUUUUCUUCUUCAAGUUUUCCUGGUUGGGAAAGCAGUGACGUUUCUUGACCUUCCGUGUGGUUGAGCUCUGGUAGUGACCGUUACGAAGGUAGGAAACCCCUGGAGAAAAGUCCGGGUUUGCACUGUUUUCACUGGACGUCCAAGUGAACGUGAUGCCCGCAAGCGGCUAAGGACGUGGUGUUGGUAGCUGUCCCUUUUCGGGUAGACCUUCCGCACCUCCAGGUUAUGUCAAGACUGGGCCAUUGAAGAUGCAGCACGCAGGACUGGCUUUCACGGCUGCCUGCGCACAUCAGUCGGGUUCAGUCUAAUGGGAGAUCUCUUGAUGGCAAAACACCGGUGUUCAACUACUAACAGGCUGGUUAAAAAGACCACCUUGCAGGCUUAAAAACUGCUAUAAUGGUUUCCUGCUGUAGAGGAGCCCAGGAUGCCUGAAAAAAACUAUAUUAUGAAGGAUGCAGUCUUUAGCCUCCUGCAUCCUCUGUGAUUUGCACUUUUGAUGAUUAAAGCAAGGACCUUUUGAUUGUGGUCUUUUGCUUAAAACACCUUUUCCUAGAGAAGCUUGCCUAAGCUUCCUAUCUUACGCCUAAACUUCCUAUCUUCUUAUCUGAUGUCUUUCUGUAACAGAUUCUUUUGAAUUGACUGGGUAUUUUUGCAGGUCAAAUGGUGACCUUUAAUGGCUGUUUUGAGUAUUUUGGCAGGUGUAUUGAUGCUGCAGUUUGCCUUGUAUUACAGAGGAGAUUUGGUGGAUUUGGUGGUGGAUUGGCUAUGGUUUGGGGGCAGGUGGAUCGGCUGUCAGCUUCUAACUCUAGUAAAAAGAAGGGUGGAACUCUCCACCCCAAACAGUUCUCUGGGGAUUGAGUUUGAACUGUGGCUUCUGAAGCCUAUGGAGUAUUUAACACAUAUGAGAGACAUCCCUAACAUAUAAGGAUGUUAGGGAUCCAUAACGUAUAGUCACCUGGAAGGACCCUCGGUGUUUGCUGGCAUCUCCUGCCUCUUUGAAUGGGAAGAAAAGUCUUGUCUCCCACGCCCAGCUGAUCACGUCCCCAGUAUGAUUUUAUCUAUGAAGGGGCAAAAAGGAUGUGAUCUUUCCUGGUGUCCUGGCGGGAGUCUGUGUUUUAAGGCAACCCAAUGGAUGCAGAGAGUGACGUUGCCUUGGACAUUUUAAUCACCAAUGUUGUCUGUGUCUUCCGAACAAGAUGCCAUUUAAACUUGCGAAAGAUUGCCUUAGAGGGAGCCAACGUGAUCUACAAGCGUGAUGUUGGGAAAGUAUUGAUGAAGCUUAGGAAGCCCAGAAUUACAGCUACCAUUUGGUCGUCAGGGAAAGUAAUUUGCACGGGAGCUACAAGUGAAGAAGAAGCUAAAUUUGGUGCCAGACGAUUAGCCCGUAGUUUGCAGAAACUUGGCUUUCAGGUGAUUUUUACAGACUUCAAAGUGGUCAAUGUAUUAGCAGUAUGCAACAUGCCCUUUGAAAUCCGAUUGCCGGAAUUCACAAAAAACAACAGACCGCAUGCUAGUUAUGAACCAGAGCUUCACCCUGCCGUGUGCUAUAGAAUAAAAUCUCUCAGAGCUACUCUACAGAUUUUUUCAACAGGAAGUAUCACGGUUACAGGGCCAAACGUCAAGGCCGUUGCCACUGCAGUGGAGCAAAUCUACCCAUUUGUGUUCGAAAGCAGGAAAGAGAUUUUAUAAAUUUGCCACUUCGGGGUUAGGUGAGCUAACCAAGCACCUUUUGGACUGCUGCACAUUGGACUAAAAGCAACAGAGAAGGUGGGGCAGGAAAGGACAACUGGACCAACGCUGCUGAGGAGGCGGAACCCUUUGGGCCACCGUGAUCCGCUCCGACCCCUUUUGGAUUUUAGUUUUGAACAGUGCUGUAUUGUAAAAAACAGAGGUUUACAAGAUACGAAAUUGCUGCUUUCUACAAGACAUUCUAUUUAUUUCUGCAGUAAUUUCUGUGUGUUCAUAAGCAGAGUUGUCAUGAGAUGCACUAACUUGGGGAAACACAUCUUUAGGUUGAGCUUGUGUUUUUAUUUGUGAAUAAUCUUUUACAUUUUUGUAUGCUGACUGUCGGGCACCAAAGAAGCUGUGGACGUUCCCUUUUUCACCUGACGAGGGUGCACAAAUAAAAAUCUACGAAAAACUUUCUUCAUAUCUGUUCUGUUACAUUCCUUCCCUCUUUUUCUAUUAAGAAGUGUAUAUUAGCAAAGUAACUAGAGCGAUGUGUUUGUGUACUCUUGCUCCUAUUUUGCUCCAGUUUUAGAGUGUAUGUAUAUAUAAAGUGAUAAGUAGCAGACUAGGUGGAAACCGAUGACAGAUAUGUAUGUGUCCCAAAGGCAGAACGUGGUUUGCUGAAAUACAUUUUUAAUGGCAUGCAGAAUUAGGAUGACCUUUCCAUGCUGGGUCAAGCAAACUUUAAAGAAUACUGCGCUUGGUGAAAAUCAAAGCUUCCUUACUGAAGCAAUUGAUAUUAGUAAAAUCAACUACCCUGUUUGCAGUUAAAUGCAAGGUUUGUUUUUUAAAACUGUGUAGUGAAUUACUUCCAAUGACUAAUCUUACUUUUCAGGAGAGAGAGAGAGAGACAAAAAGUAUUUUUUCAUUGACACAGUCCUAAGCUGCUUUUAAAGAGCUGCCAGUGUUUUUGCCAAAUAUUGCUACAGUACUGUUAUAUUUAAAAUAAAUGCUAACAGGCAAAAAAACCCCAAACCCUUGGCUUUGUUAUCUUGCGACCGGAAAAAGCCAAUAUUCAGUGUGUCAGUACCUCUGCAUAUGGAACCGAUGAAAGUGAAUCAGAAGUGAAUCGAAACUGCUAUUCUUGCUGUCUAUAAUAAAUAUGUAAAAAUGCAGCAAUGUCUCCCAUAUCUAAGCCUCAAGAGGUGAAUGGAAUGUGGAUUUAAAUAUUGCAGGUAAUAUGCAUUCAGCUGCCAGUUUUUGCACUUCAGAUUGAAAUAAACUCAGUGGAGUCCUCCUGUAAAUAAAAUCCAAUUGAAAGCUU